ACAUCCAGAAUCAAGGCAACAUGAUCAAGAUCGAGUCCUUCCUGGACCGGCUGCACCAGGGCAAGCAGUGGCGCCGGAUGGAGGGAAAAAGCAAAGACGACGCGCAUAUCAUCUUUCGACAGGACCACAGCAACGACAAAGCAUCGCGGAGUAUCGAUCUCGGUCUGAAUAAUGUCGGCGAUGACAGCGAAGACGACUAUGCGGAGGAGGGGAAAAAAGAAAAGAAGCGGUCGAAGUUGGCCAACUUCAACUUCAACCCGGCGGCUGUCCAGGCAAAGGCCGACAGAGCAGCGUCUUCCUCGAGCAGUGCGAACAUUUUCAACCGUGCAGCUUCUUCGUCUGCAGCUCCGGCCGCAGGCUUCCAGCCAGCCGCGAAAAGGGACAAGGACAGUGCGCCGAAUACCCAUGCGGCGCACUUCGCAAAAUUUUGCUACGACCAGGAGCUUUUCAUGACCGAGCAGCAGCUACGGAGCCAGCAAAUGUCGGCGGCACGCGCAGCGAGCAGAGCAGCGGCACCGAGCCGGGAUAAAAGUAACCAGGUCUCUGCAUCCGAAAGCGAGAAUGAAAUUAUUGUUGACGUAUCCUGUGUAAAAACGUCGGCGCCCUUUUUUCAUCACGCUAGCUAAAUGAAUCCAGAAGCUUUGUGCUUGUGAACUUCGCAUCAGCAUGACAUACGUAGUGCAUUAGUCGUUCUUGGCUAUGCAUUACGAUGCAGCACAAAUACGAGCAUACAAAUUGCGCACCUUGUCCUGAACCCUAUGUAUUGGAACAAGUUGAAACUGUGUGACUAAUUGCGAGAUGCCCUCAUAAGUAUGAUAGUGGAAUUUUCAUUAUAUGCCCUUAUAUAGCAUUUUCAAAAUGCUUCUCAUGCAGCGGCAGCUGUGCAUGAGAGACGUCCAUGAGUAGCAUGAUGCCCAUGCAGAUAGUUCCAAUUUGCAUGACAGAUUUAGUCGGUUGUGGACGUUCUUUCUCAGGAUACCGGGAUAGCGAUGACGAUUUUCCGGGAGGUGUGUCUAUAAUUGAUGACAUGAUGGGCAUGGGGCCAGGAGGUAUGUCUAUAUUUGAUGACGUUGCGAAUUUGACUCCCGAGGGCGGGAAAAGAAGUAAAGCAAACGAGGACGAAGGCCGCGGAGACUUGUUUCACGGAGAGGAGCUCCUCGGGUACAACUCGGACGAUGACGGGGCCCGAACGCCGAAUCAGCGCGUCGUGGACGAGAACGAGGAAAAGGGCCAGGCGGUUCUAUGCAAGAAAAAAAGUGCUACAGCCAUACGUUUUUUGGAGUUUCAGCAUCACGAAUGUUCUGUGCCUGAGAGAGAAAGCUUGCAAUGCGGUGGAGAUCUUAAGGUAAAACACGUAUGAAACAAGGCUUCUAGUACGCCUAUCCUGCAUGAUGUUGACGGAGGUUGUCUCUUUUGCUUGGUCUGCAGCGUCACAGUGUGUAGCUGUAGCACUUUUUUCUCAGGAUAGGUUCCGCCCGCGUUCCACUACGACCCGUCGCCGGAAGAAUCCGCUUCCGGAGAGCAGAAAGAGCAGACUGGCGAACAAGCAGGGCCACGCUUAGCCGAAAGGUCUUCGCCAGCGGUCGGAGGUGCAUCCUCAGGGCGACCCCUGAAGAUCAGAAGUCCCCGGUCGGGAAUGGAGUUUGCGCAAGCUGCAGAAGGACAAGGAGCGAUCGGGAAUAAUAAACCGCUUUUGGAACAACAACAACAGCAGAAGUUGGAACGAGAUCAUGACAUCGGGCUGGUGGUGGACGUAGAAGCUCGGCAAGUAGAACAGGCCCCAGCUCCUGCUCAAGAAGAGCCGCGCAGAAGGCGACGGGACGUGGAAAGCUGCGAUCUGGACAAGGACCACGCCGACUACUUCGACCUUGAGAUGGACUUGGAACCCGGUGACGACCUGGACCUCGCGGCCCUGGAGGAGAAGACGAAGGCGUUCUGGCGGCGCUACGCCUCCCAGCACGGAAUGAGUGCAAAAGCGCUGACGCAAGCGAUGUGGGAAGCCGCGGAGUUGUUCACGCUGCGAGUCGUCCGCCGCGAGUUUCCGGGGGGCACGGUGGCGCUGCUUCCGUUUGUGGAAAAAAUGAUCGCGAAGGCGGAACAAGAAGAAGCAGAGGAGCGGAUCCGGUUGGAGCAGGAGGCGCGGCUGCGGGCAAAGGAGGCGGCGGAGCGGGCGAAGGAUAAAAAGCUGGAGGCUCUGAUCGUCAUCGAUGAGGAGGAAACGGUGGGCGACAACGAGUUGUUUGCGGAGGAUGUAUCAAAUGCAAAAAUGUCUGGGUCUGUGAGAUUGCAAGACUUGUCAUGCAUAUUUUGCAUGAUCCAUAAUGCCUGGAAUGUAUGGCCUAGCAUCACAGAUUUUUAGAGCGCUUCCUCGUCAUGCCUACUUCGCAGGACACAUGCCAUCUCCGCGGAGCACAAAAUCUACUCCUCUCACUGGUCACGCAAUACAAAUUUUUUUCGAAUCCAGAGACAGCAUCACAAGUUCCAAGCUUUUGCAUUUGAUAGGAUGAGCACUACAUCGAAACCGGCUCGACCGACAGCGAGGGCGAGCGGCUCCUACCGGACGAAGAGGAGGAUCUUAACGUCGCGCAGGAACCCAACGCCCCGGCCCGAAGAGGACACCGCAAGGACAAGAAGUGGACCUUCGACGAGGUGCUCGCGCAGCUGACGAAGCAGCAGAAGGCGAAAGCGAACAAAAAAUACGCCGAGCUGAAGCAAGCCUUCGCGGCUAAGCUCGCCGACAAGAAGGCGAAAAAGGAGAAGGAGAUGCAGGCCAAGUACGAGAGAGAUGUGGAAGAGGACAAAACCCGGCUUACGAAACUCCUCACCGAGAAAAAGUUGGCGCAUGGAAAUAAGGCAAAGGCGCACCUUGACGAGAUUCGAAAGACCAUCGACGCGGAAACCGCUAAGGAGGAGGCGUUGCUGACGGCCACGCGGGAGGAGGUGAAAAAGAAGCGCAUCGAGGCAGAGAAAGCCAGCAAGGAGAUCGAAAAAGACAUGGCCCACCGGCAGAAGGCCCGAGACCAGCAGAGCGAGAAGCUGUAUAAGAAGAUCGAGAAAUAUCCAGGAAAAAAAAACCAAUCCGCAUUCACUUUGCUACUUUUUUUGGGGCAAAAAAUCACGAAAAAACAGCAAUAAAAUAAAAAGCGCCUCUAACUUUUUUCUCGCAUGAUGCACGUGAAGCAAUCUAUCUAACUCAUACAGCUAGCUAGUGGCGCCGAUGGCGCCUAGUAUCGCUCAGCGAUUUUGUUUUUGAGCUAGCUACGCCCAAUGGAGAUACGCCGCGCGACCAAGUACAGAACCCGGAGAAGGAUGGCCCCGCCAAGUUGACCCCCGUUUGCCCCAUGUAUGGGGCCGGCGGCGAUCUGCGCCUGCGAGGAGGACUUGUGCGAAAUCUGCGACCCGCCACGAGCGGCGAGUGUUCUGCUUUGGGCCUAGCUAAUUUAAUACUUUCCUAGUGCGCCUGAUCAUGGCGCCACUUUGGCUAGAUCACUUUGGCGCGGAUAUUUGCUGGAGCCCAUUCCUGACAAACCUGAAAUUUUUUUGAAAAACGUGUUUAGUCUUUUUAUGUAAAAAAGCAUCAAAAUAAUGGAUGUGGAUGGCUUUUUUUUCCUCGAUAAGAAAGAGCAGAUGCAGCUCGACGCCGUCCACCGAGAGGUCCUGGAGGAGAGAGAGAAGCUGGAGGAAGUGCGCAAGCAGUACCGCGCAAAAGUCCAGCAGCAACGGGAGCUCGAGGAAUUUUUAAAGCCUCUGGAAGAGCAAAAGGAAAACCUCGCGCGCCUCACUGCAGAUGUGGCGCAGCAAGCGAACAGCCAGCGUGAGCGGAAGGAGCGACUCGAAGCCGGCGAAGCGGAGCUGGAGCGCUUGGAGAAGAACCAGGGGGAGCAGCUGCGGCAACGAAAAGCGCAACACGUUUCCAAGAUGAACGCGAUGAAGGCAGAGUUGGAUUUUAUGGAUAGUUCUGGGAAGCAGCUCGCGACCCAACUCGCAGAGCACCAGAAGGCAGUCGCCGCACGCCAGCAGAAAGUAGAGGGCUACGCCGCCUUGUUUGCCGAAACGUAUCAAAAGAAGGAGAUGUCUGGUGGGACUCCUGGCGCCCUGGACAUGGGCAUAGCACGGCUCUCGGUCUUUGCAUAUUUUUUGUUCGAUGUGUCUGGCAAUAAUUGCUCUCGUUCACUUUGGAUCAACAAGCACCGGCGCAGAGCUUGCAUAUUCUUGAUUUGCAGUUUAGUUGCGAGGAAAAUUUUUUUGUACUUGUGUGAGCGAUCUUUUUCAGUAUGUGAUUUAGAUUUGUCAACUUCCGGGCCGCCAGGAGGGCGCCACAGCAUUAGCUUUUCGCAUUGAUACAGCCAAUCCGCGUUUCUUGACGGAGACCUGCAGCCACCUGAAGGUGUUUCAUGCGCAAGGGCGCCGCUAUGUCCGAGACCCUGAUGGCAGUUGGCAUCUGCUGGAGUACCGCGAGCCGGGGGAGUAUGCGGAUUUCCGGCCGUAUGUCACUACGCGCUCCUGGGAAUUUGCGGAACGGGAAAACCCCCGGAGAUCCCGCGAGGCCAUGAAGGGCUAUCCGAUGCUGGAGGACGCAAUUGAGGACGGUUUGUUUGGUGUCUUUCUGCAGCCGCGCACGUUAACUAUUCUGCAGGAGAUGCAGGCUUCGGCGGAGAAGUUGAAGCCGUUCGAAGAUGGCCGGUCGUGGGGCAAGCCUUUUCCGCUGUAUUGGGUCACCUGGCCGGGACAGUCGGACCUGGGUGGUGGGAGCACGGACAUCUUCCUCGUGCGCUGGGAAAUCCGAGACUUUACGCACCCGUAUUGCUUUUCUGAGUUUCGAGCUCUUCAAGAGUCUCUUGUUCUUUUCGCAAUGUGAGCAGUACAGAGCAGUCGUGAAUGUAAUUUUUGAACAAGAUGAAAGGUUUUAUUUUGCGAUGCUGUCGCCCAAGAUCUAUUUCUCGCGUUAACGAAUACUCAAAAGCACUUCAUAGUAAGCGUGGCCUCUGUUAUAAUCUUAAUCUUGUUCAUCAUCAUUGGGACAUAGUUUUCUUUUGAUCCCAUCUUCAUUUCCCUCCAACAUGAUAAUUUCACUACAGCAACGCCGGACAGAAGGGUUGGGCUCCAAUUUUGGACCACCAGGGCAACUUCGCGUCAGCAAAUCUCGUUCGAGCAAACGUUGGGCACCAGCAUUAUGGACACAAGCGAAGCGCAGAAGGCAUCGUCGUGGGCCCGAUUGUCCAGAUGGAGGACGUGGAUUUCAGACCCACCAGGAAGAGGCUCCCCGAGCAACAGCAGACGAGGCAGACGGACGCGGCCAGGGGAAACCUGAAUAAUUCCGCGCCUUCGCGUCGGGGCGCGUCGUCGAAGGAAUCGUCUUCCGGUCCGCCGGCAUCCUCUCCUGACGUCCGGCACCCAGCGCCGGCGGUGGCAAACAACGUGAGCAGCCGGGACCAGAAAGGGCGAGCAGGAGACGCAGGUAACAAGGACAACAGCAGAAGCACCAACCAACGCGGCAACGAAGGCGGCCGGCGGGACUUCCACCGAGGUGAUCGCCGCAGGUCACGCUCGCGGCGCAGGUCGCGGUCGCGCAACCAGACUAGGGGCAAGAGAGACCAGGACCGUGGUGCUGGAAAAAAUGCGAAUGUCGCGGCUACAGCUGCUUCCACAGACGCCCCGCGGAUGAUGCUCCCUCCCCAAGCCGCGCCGCAGAGCGGUAGCAGUUCUGGCAGCAAGUUGAACGUCCUUCCUGGGCGACAGCCGCCAGUGACAGCGUCUACUAGAAGCAACGUACUGCCACCGCCGCCGGUGACUGCGUCCUCUUCUCCCGCCUCCUCAGACGGAGCCUUCUUCUCGAGCAAAAGAGCUGCGGGCGCCUUUCCUGGACACCAGCCGCAACGACUCGCAGCGGCCUCGGGGAAGCCAGCAGCGGGAAGUAGAAGCAAAGGCAGUGGCAAAGCAGAAGUCGCGUCUUCUUCUAGUAAAAAUGAGAAGAAGGUAGAACGCAGACGAUAAGGGAAGCAGAGACCUUCGAGACCCACUAUAUGCACCCCAAUAUGAUUAGUGCACUAUGAUACACUGAGGAGGAUCGUCUAGUUCCAUUCCGCAUAGACCCAUUCUGUCGUCGAGAAACAAUCCGUAGAUACUGAAGAUGGAGCGAAGCUGCUGGAAGUAAGCAGGUAGUUAGCAGCCAGCAAAAAGAAGGCGAAGCUGCGAGAAACCAGAAACCACUAAAAAACUACCUUCUUUUAUUAUCAUUGUUGAGGUGAUUUAUUUCUUGAUGAAGAGCAGUAGGAAGAUCUAGCUGUAAAGGAGAAGUUCUUGCGCUGACUGACGGCCAUCACUUCAAAAAGACCAUGGCCUGCUAAAGUUUUUUUUUAUAUCCGUUGCGACUUGUCUGCAAAGAUCCACUUGAAUGAUUUUUUUGUAGCACCAUCUUCGAGAUGGAAUUCCACUCUC